UUUACGUUCUUUCUUUUUCUCUAUCACUUUUGUCUUAUUCGUUCAAAAUAAAAUCGUUAUCGAUAUUUAAUCGACGAACUCCGAUAAACCGAAAAAUGAUAGCACAAGCACAAUCAAUAAAAAUGGAUAGGAUCGUAAUUAGAAUUCUCAGAUCGGCAAUAAUAUUCAAUUCGGAUUUGUCAAAAUGUAUCUUCGAAGAUGUACUCUUUGUUUUUUAAUUUUGAUAGUUACAUGUUGUAAUGGAAAUUUUACGGAGUAUGUCGGUGUUACGUCGGAGUUGGUCAGUGUGGAAAAUCCGAUGUUUGUUGGCCAAGAUACGAGCGACGUGUCGUCCAAAGUGAACAUCAAUAAAAUUUUCGAUGAAAUCUUACCGAAAAUUCGUGACUUCUUAAUUAAAAACGGCUUGGAACCGAUUAAUCUUCCAAAUUACACCGAAAAGAUCUUAAUCAAUGGUAAGAUCGAUCUUCGAAAUGGAUUUCUACAUUACAUGACGGAUGUUAAACGAUCGAAGAACGUAAUGUUACAAUAUCGAUAUAAGCAUAUAUUUCUCGAUAUACCUUUGAGAUGGCAAUUAUUGAGCUUUAAUUACAACUACGAUUUUACGUAUCUUUUUAUAAAAAAGCGAGGAGAGGCUUACGGUCGUGUAGAGGAUGUUGAUUUCAUUGUUACAUUAGAAAUAGAUCUUAAUAAAUUCCAAGUGAUGCUUCAAGAGAUAAAGAUCCAUAGAAUCGAAUCGUUCAGAUUGAAAAUCCACACGAAUAAGUUAGAUCCUUUGAUGAACAUGUUGUCUCAAGCGAUGACGCGUAUUUUUCAAAAUCGUAUUAUAAAAUUGCUCGAAGAAAAAAGUAUUGAGAUCGUCCAGCCAUUUAUCAAUGAAAUGAAUACACGAAUUGCUCGAAAAAAAAUUAUGCAGAUUCACCAGGGCUUGUAUCAAUAA